UUUCUCUUCUUCCCCCAGUUUUUGUUCUUCUCGCCGGAAACACUACAAUGGUGAAGUCUAUUAGAUUCGGUGAUCAUUGGAUUUUUAAGUGGGAGGACAUUGAGCUAGGACCCCCAAAGGAAGGGGAGGUCCUUGUGAAAUUUGAGACUCAUGACAUUAGCUUUCAUGCUGUGGAUUCCAAUUCCUGUAUACAAGGUAUUGGCGCCGUUGGUGUGGUCAAAGCAUUGGGUUCGGGAGUAACUGGGAUAAAACCUGGCGAUCGUGUUGCUUAUUAUGAUCCCUACCCAACGGGAUUAUAUGUUGAAGAACAGAUCUUAUCUGCUGACAAAGUGGCUCUUGUUCCUAGGCUUGUUCUCACUGAUACAGCAAUGUCCCUGCUUUUGAAGGGGAUGAUGACGCAAUUUUUACUUUGCAGUUGCUUCCAGGUUAAGCCUGAACACAUGGUUCUGAUUCACCCUGUAGCAGCUGGAGUUGGCUCCAUUAUGUGCCAAUGGGCAAAAGCUAUUGGGGCAACAGUCAUUGGCACGGUCCUAACUAAAGAACAGGCCGCCCAAGCUAAAGAGUAUGGUUGCCAUCAUACCAUACUCUACAAGGAGGAGGAUCUUGUCUCCCGUGUUGAUAAGAUCACGUCCGGACAAGGAGUGGAGGUUGUGUAUGACUUUGUUGGACAAGAGACAUUUCAGAGAUCCUUGGACUGCUUGAAAACUCGUGGCUAUAUGGUGAGUGUUGGACCUUCAUUGCCAGAUCCUCUGCCUGUAUCAGUUCUUGCAGCAAAGUCUCUAUUUUUCACCAGGCCUUCUUUGAUACAUUACGCAAGCACACCCAAGGAACUGAAAGAAUGUAUUGGAGAGGUACUUUCGAAUGUGGAAUUGAGUGUGCUAAGAGAUUUAGAGCCUAAGACAAGUCCACCACUGUCAGCUGUCCAGCACUCUUGUGGCUUAUCUUCAAAUUAACGAUCAACGGUUUGAGGAUGCAGAAGAGAUGGAUAGCGAUGAUCAUAACCAGCAACACUGAGCUGUUACAGACCCAAACAUUUGCAUUCUCUAGUACCUGUACUGUUAUACGCUUCUGUUUUGAUGUAAUCUGUUUAGACGUGGGACUUUUGUGUAUAUUUGAGUUAGGAACCAUGUAGGUUUUCACAGGUCAUGUUUGACAGAAUUGACCUUAAACAAUUAUCCUUCUUUGUUACACAUGCACGCUAGAAUCUUGUGCUAUGAUGACAUCCCUAUUGAAUUGAAUUUCUGCACCCUAAUUGUUUCUGGUAUUAGGCAGUUUGAACAUGUAGCAGAUUCUUUGGAUGUUU